AUGUCAAUUUUCCAUAUAAUCCUAUUCCUCUAUUUCCUUCUCACCCGUCAAUCCCACGCAUCCCUUGCAUCCGACGGAGUGUAUGCCUCAUCAAAUGAAGACCACCUGAUCUAUCCCUCCACACCGAUGAACAUCCCAAAGGUAUUGGUAUAUACCUAUACGGAUGGGUUCCGACAUGAUUCAAUAUCAACUGCUAUCUCCGUUUUGGUUAGUGAGGGCGUAAGGUGGGGAGUGGAUUUCGAUUUUACAGAGAAUAAAUCGUCAUUCAAGGAUGAUUAUCUCAAACAAUACGAUGCAUUGAUGUUCAUCUCAGUCACUGGUGAUGCACUCGACGACCAAGGUGAACAGGCUUUUCAUCGAUAUAUCCAAUCAGGCGGUAACUUUGUCGGUGUCCAUGCAUCGACUUGCGCUUUGUACAAUUCUUCUGUGUAUAAUGCUACAAUAGGUUCACAAUUCGAAUGGCAUCCCGUUAUACAAGACGCGACGUUCGUACGAUCGAAUAUCAGUCACCCUGCCACUGCUAAUAUUCCUGAUCAAUGGAGAUUUGCUGAGGAAGUCUACUACUUCACCUUUGAUCCUCGCGAUAACGGUGUGGUCGUCAUUCUUACAGUCGAUGGGUCAAGCUAUAACAAUGAGAGCUAUACGUCCAACUCGGGAGAUCCCCAUCCGAUCGCAUGGUAUAUCAACCCUCCUUCUACCUGUCAACCUCUUCAGGAAGGUGCAGUUGAAGCUGGAAGAUCUUUCUACACAGCUUUGGGACAUUCCAACGAGACAUGGCAGAACGAGACCUUCAUCAAUCACCUAUUAUCAGGUCUGACAUGGGCUUUGGAUGGUGCAUCGACCAGAGCAUACGGUGAAGGUGUAGUCGGAAGUGAGAAUCCUCGUCCCACUUUCUCUUCAAGUACCGAUUCUCCUACCUCUUCUCCUACUCACCCCGGUCAUGCACUUCAAGUUACCUCUGGUGUGGGUAAAGUCUUAGCUUCACACCUUACUGAUCCAUGGCUUUGUUUGGUUGUUGGGUUUUCGAUGGGAUUCAUUUCAUUCCCUAACGGUGUAUUCGUCAUUCUGUUAAUUGUUAUAAUAGGCAGUAUAGUCCUUUUGUAG